AUGGACUUGCACCUGCUUAGAGCAGACUCUCCCAUGGCCGUCCGACACAUCGAUCUCUGCUAUGAUCACACCGACUCCGAGCGCUCCGCUUUGCGCCUGAUAUACACAUUAUGCCCCGACUGGGAGCACGAUGAAGGCCCGGUUGAAUUGAUCCCCUUCACUGAAGGCAUCACAAAUACUGCCAUCAAGAAACGACCAGGGUACACACAACAAGAUAUUGACUCGGAUGCGAUCCUUCUGAGGGCAUAUGGAAAGGGAACAGAUGUCCUGAUAGACCGCGAGAGAGAAACUCGAUCGCACUCUCUGCUUGCGGGCCGCGGACUAGCGCCUCCACUAUUCGCUCGCUUCGAGAAUGGCCUACUGUACAAAUACAUCGCAGGCGACGUAUGCAGCCCAGAAGACCUCCGAAGACCCGACGUCUAUCGCGCAGUCGCCAGAAGACUCGGCCAAUGGCACAGCACACUACCCAUCGCUGCUAUCAGUUCGCUCCAGACGCUGCAAGACCAGAAUGGUGAUGAUCACCACCACACAGACACAGCCGGCAACAAGAGGCCGAAACCAAGUCUGUGGACCGUCAUGCAAGAGUGGAUCAAUGCGCUACCCGUAGCCACACAGAAAGAGAAGGAACGCAAACACAUGCUGGAACAGGAAUUGACACAUCUCUCGAACGAGCUGGGACAAAUCCCCGGUUUGGACGGUUACGACUACAUUUUCGCUCAUUGCGACCUGCUAUCCGGCAACGUAAUUGUACACCCUGAGAAAAGAGAAGGAGGGAAAGGUCUCACAGUGAGCUUCAUCGACUACGAAUACGCAACCCCAGCACCCGCUGCCUUCGACAUUGCCAACCACUUUGCUGAAUGGGGCGGUUUUGAUUGCGACUACUCUGCUUUGCCAACACGCAGUCAACGUGCCGAUUUCAUUGCCCAAUAUCUCGCAUCAUACCGCAAUUUCGCUCCUGUAUCAGAUCCGGAAACAAUCAAACGCGAACAACAGCAACUGGUCAGCCAAGUCGACACUUUCCGCGGCCUACCUGGCUUCUAUUGGGGAAUUUGGUCCCUGAUCCAAGCCACCAUUUCACAGAUCGACUUUGAUUACGCUUCAUAUGCUGAUGUCCGUCUUGGCGAGUACUGGGCUUGGAAAGCCGAGCAAGACGGCUCCAGGCAACGAGAAGGCCGUGAGCCUACAUUACGAGAGAAGCGAUGGGCCGAGGAGUAA